AAUAUUAAUAAAAAUAUUCCUUGAAUUAUACUAUAAUGAGAAUGAAAAGAUCGCUUUACCUCUUAGUUUUCCUAAUACAGCACAUAUAUUCUUUGGGACACGGUUCGUCGGGUAAUGAUACAUAUGACUGUGGAGACUGCUCGGGUAUUGUUAACGAUAAUGGCAAAGUCACAGGAUCCUAUUGUCACGAAUCGGACCGAAAAUCGCUUUUGAAAAACAGAUGUCUCUAUGAAAGUGCGUUCCCGAAAUGCAUGCCGAAAUGCUACGAAGUAAAAUAUCCCAUUAAAGAGUAUUGCUGUUUUUGGUCACCGAAAGUGGGUUGCGCGAUAUUGGUGAACGAGAAGUAUUAUAAUGAUAAAGAUAUUUGCGAACGUUGCAGAUGUCGUUGUGAAAGGAAUAGGGAGUCAGGAAAAAACUCAUUAUCUGCACAAAAAUACAUAAUAUCGCUUUCGAUUAUUAUUGGUAUUAAAUUAAAAAAAGGAAUUUAAAAUUCCAUUAAAAUGUUGAGUAUUAUUCAAA